AUGGACAACAUUUCAUUGAUUGCAGUCACGGCCUUCACAACAUUCUGCUUCCUUCUCGUUGCAUAUUAUAGCCUGUAUCCAAUCGAUCCGCAAAUCAUCCCCUCCCCUCUUCACAUCAUUGCUUCUCUCCCCGAAGAAGAGGUUCAAAAGCUACCUUACCAACCCAACUGUUUCCCAGGUGCCCGUGACGUGGAGACCGAAUACGGCUUCAUCCGCGUCUACGAAUGGGGACCAGAGACAGGGCCAAAAGUCGUUCUGAUCCAUGGCAUGUCCACUUGUACAAUGACCCUGGGGCCUAUAGCUGAAGCUCUAGUCUCACGAGGUUGUCGGGUUUUACUUUUCGACCUCUUUGGCCGGGGGUAUUCAGAUGGCGUCGGCGACCUUCCUUACGACAUCCGCCUUUACACGACCCAGGUUCUGCUCGUGCUGGCUUCUUCUCCACUUUCAUGGACAGGUUCCAACUCUUUAAGAGUGAUUGGUUAUUCACUCGGUGGAGCUAUCGCUGCCUCUUUUACCGUUACCUUUCCUCACAUGGUCUCAAGCCUGAUUCUGCUCGCUCCAGCUGGACUCAUCCGCUCAACCGAUUUAGGUUUAACCUUCUGGUUCUUAUUCAAGUCAGGUCUCGUACCAAAGCGUGUAUUGCAUACCUUGAUGCGUGGUCAAUUGCGAAGCACUGCAAACAGCGGUCGGAUAGAAGAGCAACAUUGCUUCCAUCAGAAGAAUGAAGAAAAACCUACCGAUCUCGGGACCACCAGUCAAAGCGUCAACAAGCAAUCACUUCAAGAGCGAACGGCCGCGUAUAUGCCAUGGAUAGUGGCGCAUCACCGCGGCUUCGUCCCCGCCUUUACGUCCUGUGCGCGAUUCUCGCCGUUGACGAAUCAGCAGCGGGUCUGGCGUGCGCUAGGGAAGCGAAAGAUGGGCAGCACAGCGGUGAUAAUUGGUGAUGCAGACGAAUUUGUCAACGCUGCAUGGUACGAGAAGAAUGGGCUGCCACUGCUCGGAGGCAAAGAGCAUGUAGUGUGGAAGGUCUUGCCUGGCAGCCACGACUUUGUGAUGACUGCGCCAGAGCUAAUCAUGCGUGAGAUCGAUGUGCUCUGGGGGUUGCCUGCGUAG